AUGCAAGAUGCCUCAAAGAAACUUACAGAGUCUCUUCAUGAAGUGUAUGAGCCAGAUUGGUAUGGACGAGAAGAUGUGAAAAUGAUUGGAGAGAAAUGUGAUGAACUUUGGGAAGACUUCCAUCAAAAACUGGUGGAUGGGUCUUUGUUGACCUUGGAUACAUAUCUAGGACAAUUUCCUGAUAUCAAAACUCGCAUUGCAAAACGAAGCAGAAAGCUGGUGGACUACGACAGUGCAAGGCAUCACCUAGAAGCCCUGCAGAGCUCAAAAAGAAAAGAUGAAGGCAGAAUUACCAAGGCAGAAGAAGAGUUUCAGAAAGCACAGAAAGUGUUUGAAGAGUUUAAUACUGAUUUACAAGAAGAGUUGCCAUCUCUGUGGUCACGACGAGUUGGCUUCUAUGUGAACACCUUCAAAAAUGUAUCCAGCCUUGAAGCCAAGUUUCACAAGGAAAUAGCUUUACUGUGUCACAAACUAUAUGAAGUGAUGACGAAGCUGGGAGAUCAGCACGCAGACAAGGCCUUCACCAUUCAAGGGGCACCAAGCGAUUCAGGUCCGCUCCGCAUCGCAAAAACGCCAUCACCACCGGAGGAGGUGUCUCCCCUGCCUAGCCCUACUGCUAGUCCCAAUCACAUGCUGGCACCAGCGUCUCCGGCACCCGCCCGGCCGAAGUCACCCACACAGCUGAGGAAAGGUCCGCCAGUCCCACCGCUGCCGAAGCUCACACCCACAAAGGAGCUGCAACAGGAGAACAUCAUUAACUUCUUUGACGACAACUUUGUCCCAGAAAUCAAUGUGACGACUCCAUCACAGAAUGAAGUUCCUGAAGCUAAGAAAGAGGAGUCUUUGCUAGAUUUGGACUUCGACCCUUUCAAGCCAGAAGUUGUAUCGACAGGAGUUACCCAUUCACCCAUGUCUCAGACAUUGCCAUGGGAUCUCUGGACGACAAGCAGCGAAUUGGUGCAGCCGGCAUCCAGCACAGCAUUCAAUGGAUUUGCACAGGAUACCUCUGCAUUUACAGUGCAAUCAAAUGAGAAUGUGACAGAGCCUUUGGCUGAGGCUGAAGAAGCUCCCCCUGGGGAACCCAAGGUCGAGGAAAUCCCUGCUGCUGCUGCUGCUGUUGCGGAAAAGGAAGCCGUCCCUGCUGAGCCUGCCGAGCCCGCCGAGCAGGCUGUGGACAGAGUCGAGACAGGGGAUAAGGAGACAACUGAAGUUGCUGAGAAAGAAAGCGAGGUGUUCCCUGCCACCGAGGGGGCUGUGGCAGCAGAAGACAGCGUGGCUGUGGCAGCAGGAGCUGGUGAUGGCACUUCUACCGCUGAGCAGGAGGGUGUUGCUGAAGGUGACAAACCUCAGGAAGAAGAAAAGGAGACUGAUGUGUCUCAGGACAAAGUCGGCAGCAUCCCUUCAGUAGUAAUAGAGCCAGCAUCAAACAAUGAGGGAGAGGGAGAAGAACACGAAGUUAUCGUCAACGAGUCCAGAGAUGCUGCAGCAGAGAUGGGCACUCAGAGCACUGACGCUUCUCCCAGUGAAACUUCCCAAGUUGGAAGUGAGCAGAAACCCACUGAAGAAAUGCAGGCUGCACCUUCUCAAGAUCAGCCUGUUCCAGCAGAAGAGACAGCUUCUGCAAUGCCACCUGGCUUUCUCUUUAAG